AUGGCAGCGCUCAGAAAAGCCAAACCCUUCAAAAAGGCCCUAUACUUUUCAGUGGCCGAGUUCAAAGAGCGUCAACAGCGAGCUCUUCAGCUCAUGGAGCGAGAGAAUCUCGAUGGUUUUCUCAUGACGAAACAAGAAUCUCUCUACUACCUGACUGGCUUCGAUACCUUUGGCUAUGUAUUCUUUCAAGCCAUGUACUUCCACAAGGAUGGCUCCAUGCGAUUGAUCACUCGAAUUCCGGACCUGCGUCAAGCUCUCUACACUUCGAUUCUGGAACAAAAAGAUAUCCUCAUUCGAUCCGACGACGCCGGAAGCAAUCCCGUGUCUUUGGUUCCGAAAGUCCUGCAGCAAUUUGGAAUCAACUCGUCCUCGAAGCGAAUUGGCUACGAACCUGAUUCUUGCUCCUUGACGCACCGCCUGGGGAAAGCAUUGGAAGAAGCCGUGAACGGUCUUUGCACGUUGGUGGAUCACAGCGAUUUAUUCACGCGGGAGCUUCGCAUUAUCAAAUCGGAAGCCGAAAUGCGCAAGGUUCGAAAAGCCGCUUAUCUCGCCGACUUUGCUCUCAUCCGUACCCUCAAGCUGGCCAAACCAGGAGCCUACGAAGGCGACCUGUGGCGAGAAAUUGUUGGCACGGUCUACGAGGGCGGUGGAGAUGAUCCUGCUAAUGAGAACAUCCUUGUCUCGGGUAACAAGGCGGUUCUCACUCGAUACUCGACGGGCAAAGAUGAGAUCGAUCGACAGCUGACGCUCGAGCACGCCGCAGCUUACAAGCACUAUCAUGCGUGUCUGAUGCGUACGAUCCCCAUUGGCGGUAUCACCAAGCUAGCCCGGGAGAUGCACCGCGUCAACAUCCUCCAAAUGGAGGCAGCCAUGGCGGCCCUUAAACCAGGCCGAGAGAUUGGCGACGUGUUUGAGGCGUAUGCUCGUGUUGCAGACGAGAAUGGCUUCCGGGAUCAACGUUUCAACAGCUGUGGCUAUAGCUUGGGCGCGACUUUCUCGCCUACGUGGAUGGAUUUCCCCAUGUUUGUGCGUGGCCAGAAUGUGGUGGCGCAGCCGGGCAUGGUGUUCUUUAUCCAUAUCAUCCUGAUGGACAAGGCCACUGAUACGGCUAGUUCGAUCGGUCAGACUGUGGAAGUCACUCAGGAUGGGUGUGUUGCGCUGUCCAAGCUUCCUUUCUGUCUUACCCGAAGACAGACAAUUGCUGCUUGGAAGAAGAUUCGGAAAGAGGAUUAUGGUUUCACCGCUGAUGAGAUUGAUGAUGGGGAGAAUCUUCAAGAUGUCGAACUGAGCGACGGGGAUGUUGAUGAGGAGGACUAUGAUGUUGAAUACGAUUUCAGUGAUUAUGAGCCUGCAGCUGCGCUGGGUGACCCGACGCAGAGUGCUUGA